UAUUAUUAAUAUCGUAAUAAUCCCAUGGUCACACUUAAAAGAGCAGUGUAAACAAAAAACACGGAUGUCAGACGAGGAGGAGGAUUAUAUGUCCGACAAAUUCCUGGCUGGUCUGCAAGAUGUCCGUCCUAGUUUGGUUAACAAUCGUGGCAAAAAACGGCAGAUUGAAGUCGAGUCCAAAAAAGAGGAGCUCAAGAAGCGGCAACGGGAGACAGCAGCUUCUUCCGAAAACGUAAACAAUGUUCGUCUACAGCAGUCCCUGAACAAACCAAUACCCGCCGACAACAAAGGAUUCCAGCUCCUAGCCAAAAUGGGCUACAAAGCAGGCUCUGGGUUGGGCAAAACUUCGGAUGCGCGUACGGAGCCCGUGGGGAUAACCAUAAAGAGCGGUCGUGGAGGCCUUGGGCGCGAGGCAGCCGUUGCAGAGUUGACCCUUAAGCGGCAGGAAUUGCGGAGGGCACAUCUCCUCAGCAAGGCCGGCAUUGAAUCCGGCGAGGAAGUCAGCACUGAGGCUUAUAGAAGGCGUGCGACUCAUAAAGCGGAGGAGCGCAAAUUGCAGUAUGACAUAAAACGGUGCCAGCAAACCUGCGAAUCGUUAGAUCUUAAGUCCGCUAUCACAGAACCAGAUCUCGAUUUCUUUUGGCCACCCAAACCAAAAGAUGAAGAAGAAACACAGAGCGAUGCCGACGAUUCUGAAGCCGAGGUGCCAUCCAAGGAAGAGUCAUACAGUCCUUCAGAGCAAUUAGAACUCCUCACUAGCUAUCUGCGCACUGCAUAUUACUUCUGCUACUGGUGUGGAACCCAUUACGAAGACGCCGAAGAUCUGGGCUCUAACUGUCCAGGACUCACUCGUGACGAACACUAACUAGCUCCAGUCAAUAAAAAAUGUAUCUUGAUUGCUUACACAUAAUUUCAAAUAA